AAGACAUUUGCCCUCCACUGAGUCUACUCAAUCAUGGCCUUUCCCAAUCUUUUUUUCAUUUUGUCUUUGGCCAUGGUGUUGUCACUCUCAAGCUACAUCCAUGUGAGCCUAGCAGCUCGCCACCUUUUGGACACCCCAGCAGCUCCACCACCGGCAUUGACUGUGCCUACAAUUCCAUCUCUGCCCAAGCCCACAUUGCCCACAUUCUCGCCAUUGCCCUCAUUACCAACACUGCCCAAGGCUGCAUUGCCGCCAUUGCCCUCAGUACCAACACUGCCCAAGGCCACAUUGCCGCCAUUGCCCUCAGUACCAACACUGCCCAAGGCCACAUUGCCCACACUGCCAACUAACCCAACUCUACAACCACUCCCAAGCUCCCAAGUCCCUUCUUUGCCAAAACCAGCAUUGCCUACGUUGCCCACAACCCCAAAGGUGACACUACCUCCAUUGCCGGCCAACCCAAUACUGCCUACAUUCCCGACAACAAUCCCUUCAAUCCCAACUAUUCCAUCAAUUCCAUUCUUCUCCCCACCUCCAUCAAACUGAACCGCUUGACACGCCCGAUGGAUCUGACUUACUACUAUGCAUCUAUCCAAUUAAUUCUUAAACGUCAGCUCAAGAGUCUCCAUCCGGGAACAUAUAGAUGAUACGGUUCUUGUGUUUGAUAAUGGCUUAGUCCACUUAUACUUGUACUAGAUACAUUGUGAGGAUGCCAGUUUUCCUUCUUUGUCUUCUAUAUUUUCAUUUUCAAGUUGGUUGGUUUCACACAUCUGACUAUCUGUUCCUAGUGUUUGUUUUGUUUCUUGAUAUCUUUGUAGUGUAUGAACAAGAUUUAUUACCUUUUCAAAAUUGUUCUAAAGGAUAA